UUGGAACCCUUUUGGAUGAAAAAUGCAGCUAGCAGUGCAGUGGUGGUUGCAGGGUGGCAUCGUAUGAGCUAUGAAUACAGUGAUGGCUCUCUCAUCUCAGAAGAGUUGAAGGCACACAUUCAAAAGGUCCAUGCAAGUGUUGGAAAUGCCAUAACAGAUGGAAAAUACAUAAUAUUUGGAGCAGGUGCCACCCAUCUUCUUAAUGCUGCAGUGCAUGCACUUUCUUCAAAUAAUGCUUCAUCUUCACCUGCAAAAGUUGUAGCUUCAAUCCCAUAUUACCCAGUUUAUAAAGAGCAAACUGAAUUUUUCAAUUCUGAAGAUUAUAAAUUCAAUGAAGACGCAUCUAUGUGGAAGAAUGAUAGUUCAAAUUCAACCUUCAUUGAGUUGGUGACUUCCCCAAACAAUCCAGAUGGGGAUAUGAAGAAAGCUGUUCUUCAAGGUCAAUUUGUGAAGAGAAUUCAUGACCUUGCCUACUACUGGCCUCACUUCACACCUAUCACAGCACCUGCAGAUGAAGAUUUGAUGAUCUUUACACUUUCUAAGCUAACUGGUCAUGCUGGAAGCCGAUUUGGGUGGGCAGUUAUAAAAGAUGAAGCUGUUUACAAGCGAAUGUUAACAUACAUGGAUUUGAGUACCUAUGGUGUUUCUAGAGAGACUCAACUAAGAGUGUUGAAGCUUUUGAAGGUAGCCCUAUCUGGAAAUGGAAGGGCAAUGUAUGAAUUUGGAUACAGCACAAUGAAGAACAGAUGGACUAAGUUGAGCAAAGUCUUGUCUCAAUCAAAAAGAUUUUCUACUCAAAAUUUAAAGCCUCGAUAUUGUUCAUUUUCUCAGAAAUUCAGAACACCUUCUCCAGCUUUUGCAUGGUUGAAGUGUGAAACAUCAGUUUUACAAGAUCGUUCUUGUUAUGAAGUUCUGAAAGAAGUAAACAUUACUGGGAGAGAAGGUAGUUUAUUUGGUGCUGAUAAGCACUAUGUGCGUCUUAGCUUGGUCAGGAGCGAAGAUGACUUCGAUUUAUUGCUAAGGCAAAUAAAAAAGCUAGUUUCUGUGGAAAGUAAUGAUAAAGGUGUGACCGAAGUUUCAACUGGUUUAGGGCAAAACAACGAGUCUACACUGAUGUUGGAUGGUGACUGUUGUGGGAACAGAUCAUUCGAUUUCAGAAUGGAAUUAGAGUGGUAUUCAGAGCCAGGUUGUGAGAACCUAGGGCGUGUAUGUUUGCUUCAUCCUUCACGGAAAUUCUGCAGUGGUGGAGAAUGGUGGUUGAAGCAUUUGAAGAGCAACAAGAAGGUUGUUCUUAGUCAAGAAAGUAAGGUGAUAAUGGCUGAUCUUUCUAUGAUACAUUUUCCGAUUCUCCCAGACAAGAAUUGGAGUCGCUGGAGCACCCAGAUGCAUGUGGUAUUCUGUGUACAAGGAGUUAGUGGUGUAGUUGAAGGAGCAGAGUCGGCUGCUGAUCUUUCUGGCAAAGAAGAACAAAAGAAGGAGUUCAAACAGAAAGACGACAAGACAUUGUUGAUUAUUCACCAGUGCAUGGACGAUACGCACUUUUAG